CAUAAGGAUGAGAUUUUAUUCUGUAUUUAAUUGUGAUCACAUCACCUAUAGUGUGCUUGGUGACGGUGUGUGAAUGUUGUAAUUUUUAAGGUUAUGUUCGUAACCACUAAAUACCUGAGUUGUUAGUGCUUGUUUUUGGCCUGACCGUUAAAAUCGCUACGUGUAUCUUCGUAAAAGAAACGGCUGAGUGUGUGACGUGCUGUCAGGAGCAGUUUGUCUACGAAGUAAUCUCCUCAUAUACUUCGUGGCUAACGAGAAAAGGCUGACAGUGAAAUUCAAAGGUUGCCCAUAAUGUAGAACUGAAGCGAUGGACCAGGAGCCAACUAAGUGGAUAAAAAAAGAUGAAACUGAUGAAGUACAAACUGAGUUACACUUCAUAGGCCAAGAUUAUCCAUGCAGCUUGAAUGUAAAAGAAGAGUUGGAGGAGGGUGUGAAUAAAGAGUUUCUUGAAGACCCAUUAAAGGCUGGCGACCCUAGUGUUUGCGUAAAGCAAGACCCUGAACUGAAACGCCAUGCUUCUGGAUCUGAGCAUAAUUCUGUUGAAGAUCCAUUGGGAAUAUCUUUGUCCACUGAUUUUAUCAAGGAGGAUCCUGAAUUAAAUAUAACUGAGAAUACUGUGGAAACCUCAAUAAGAUGUGCAUCUGAUAGUGCAAGAUUUCCUCAGACUACUGGUGGGAGGUGCAGCAUAUCAUGUGAAGAACCUUGUCACCAUAGACUGGUCCAGGAUGAAUUGGUGAUAGACAUGGAGAAGUCAACACAUGGGUUCAGUACCAAUACAGAAGAUAUGACUGUUGAUAAGGAAUGCUCAGUUGCCACCCAAUAUGACUGUAGUACGAGGGAAAAGGAAUUACAUGUAUAUAGCUGUAAUUUCUGCCAACAGAGCUUUUCUUCAAAAUACAGACUCAUAAUGCAUGUGUUUAUGCACAUUGGUGGAACGCAACCACCUUCGUAUGUUUGUAAGUGGUGUGGUGAGGUAUUUCACAGUAAUGUUGGCUUGAAAAAGCAUAUGAGAAUGAGUGAGAAUUGUCGAGUUUUAACUGCAGACAGUCAUGAAAAAUAUGGACAUGGUGAUGAGCAUCAAACCACUACCUCGUUGGAUAGCGAGGCAGAAGUUUCUGUCACAGAACACAAUGACCAGUCUUCAUGUAAGGAAACUUGGAAAGAUUCAAACAAGCCCUCUAAUGACAUAUGUAACACACAUAUGACAAAUGAUAGAGAGAAAACAAGUAAUUAUGGAACUUUGUCUAUAGCUGUUAAUGUCAGUGCCCAGGCUGAUCUACUUACGGCAAACAGAACUCACAGAUGUGGCAUUUGUGGCAAAUUGUUUGCUAGGGUUGGUGUUCUCAACAGACAUGUUUCCAUUCAUACUGGGAAAAGACUUCACAAAUGUGAUAUUUGUGACAAAUGGUUUGCCCAGUCACGUUAUCUAAAGGCUCACACAUUAAUUCACACUGUGAAGAAACCUUACAUGUGCAAGAGUUGUGGGAAAUCUUUUACUAUGUUAGGUGAUCUCGAGAAACAUUCAUUAAUUCACACUGGAAAUAAACCUCACAAAUGUGAGAUUUGUGGGAAAUCUUUUGCUGCGUCAAGCUAUCUCAAGAAUCAUGUUUUAAUUCACACUGGAAAGGAACCUCACAAAUGUGAGAUUUGUGGGAAAUCUUUUACUAAGUUAGAUAAUCUCAAGCAACACUCAUUAAUUCACACUGGAAAGAAACCUCACAAAUGUGAGAUUUGUGGGAAAUCUUUUACUAGGUUAGGUGAUCUCAAGCAACACUCAUUAAUUCACACUGGAAAGAAACCUCACAAAUGUGAGAUUUGUGGGAAAUCUUUUACUAGGUUAGGUGAUCUCAAGCAACAUUCGUUAAUUCACACUGGAAAGAAACCUCACAAAUGUGAGAUUUGUGGGAAAUCUUUUGCUGCGUCAGGCUCUCUCAAGCAACACUUAUUAAUUCACACUGGAAAGAAACCUCACAAAUGUGAGAUUUGUGGGAAAUAUUUUACUAUAUUAGGCAAUCUUAAGAAACAUUUAUUACUUCACACUGGAAAGAAACCUCACAAAUGUGAGAUUUGUGGGAAAUCUUUUACUAUGUUAGGUGAUCUCAAGAAACAUGCAUUAAUUCACACUGGAAAGAAACUUCACAAAUUUGAAAUCUGUGGGGAAUCUUUUGCUACAUCAGGUGAUCUCAAGACACAUGCAUUUCAACACACUGGAAGUGGACCUCACAAAUGUGGUAUCUGUGACAAAAGUUUUACUUACUUGGAUACUCUCAAGACACAUGCAUUACUUCACGUCAGAAAGAAAUUGUAAGUAUGUGUUAGUUUAUGCAAAUAGGUUUUCAUGGUUGGUGCCCUCAAGGCCUAUAAAAUAAUGUAUGUACCAGGGGACAAUAAAUUGUACUUUCGGCGAAAUAACUUUUAAAUCUGGUAGAAUUGUGAAAAAACUUGUAAUGAUGUGUACUAUAGAGUGCUAACAGAUGUGACAAAUAAUUCAUAUCUGUAGCUUCAAAUGUCAAGAAAUGGUAUUACCAAAUACUCAAGAAACAUGAAUCAAAUGUGUUUUUGUCAUUAGCACUGCUGCUUUUUCCUAUUGAUCUUGCGACAAGAAGAUUGUGAAUUGUGAUAAAUCCUUACAUUUGUCAGUAAUCAUAAGUAUCUUGCAAUAUUCAGUAUAAGGCCAAGGAAAUGUGAUGACUUGCUGCUUGAUAUUCUAAACAAAGUCAUCAUGUAGUACUUGUAACUGUAUUUUAGAAACAGUGACAGUAAAAAUAUAUUGAUGGCACUAGCUUCAUUGAGGCUAGUAAACUCAAUACUGGAGAAACAUGAUUAUAACAAUUAUUUUACUCAGAUAUGUUUUCUCAAGAGACAUGGUGUGUCAUUAAUAGUGUGUACAUUUAUGUUCUGUUGGUACUAAUCCUGCAUUAGUAAACAUAACAACAAAUAUAAUAACCUGCUUAAUAGCAUGUUUGGCCGCCUUUGGAAUACAGUACUUUGACAAUUCUACGUGAUAUGGACUUGACACAUCAUUUACAUGCUUCUGGGUGUAUGUUGCACCAGUUGUAUUCCACACGUUCAGAUUACCUAAAUGGUAUGGUCAAGACAUCAGUGUUAGUUACCAUGCUACUCAGACCAUGCACAUGUGAUAUGGACAAUUAUCCUGCUGAAUGAUGCCUCCACUAUGGGAGAGCACACCAGGAAUGAAGGAAUGCAUGCAGUUGCAAUGAAUGUCACAUAGUCUGCAACUGUCAUGAUGCCUUCUGUUGCUAACAGGUGUCCCACAGGAGCCAAAGUGACUGCCCCCAGAGCAUAAUGGGCCCUCUAUUUGGUGCCAUUCGUUUAGAUGAUAGCAUAUCUGGAUGUGCAACUGACCUGGUGUAGCAGGAA